AUGGGUGCUUCUGAGGAGGAGAAGGACAGGGUGUCGAUGGAGAAGUUCGGUUGCAAGUUCAGCGAGCUCAAGGACCCCCAGGACCGCAUGAGUGUCGGAGGAACCAUCGGAGGGAACAUGCGCAAGGCGCAGCUGGGCAGCGAGGGUUACCGGCACCUUCCCGCGCAGAAGAAGGACGAGGAGGGCGAGCAGGGCGAGGAGGAGGAGGACGAGAAGGAGCAGGGCAGACGAGGGGAGGAGGAGGAGAUGGGGGUGGAGGAAGAGGAGGAGGAGGAGGAGCAGGGGGAGGAGGAGGAGGAGGAGGAGGAAGGCGGUGGAAAGUAG